UCCAAUAUAUCCUCGUCCCAAACAUCAAUGGCUUCUCUUCCACUCACUUCCCCACUCUCUAUCACCACCACCACCACCGAUUUCUCUCCCUUUCGAAACAGCUCCGCCACUAAACACCGCUACGUAGCUAAGAACAAACCACUCUCAUGCAAAGCCACUUUCGAUGGUAGUGACCAAACUAGCUCCAAUAAGUUCGACCGGCGAAACGUCCUCCUCGGCCUUGGCGGGCUGUACGGGGCCGCAGGAUUAGCCUACGACCCGUUCGCCUUUUCCGCCCCGGUAUUGGCGCCGGACCUGUCACAAUGCGGUGCGGCGGACUUGCCGGAGGGCUCGCUCCCCACCAACUGCUGCCCUCCAAACUCGCCAAAGAUAAUAGAUUUCAAGCCACCGCCGGUGACUCGACUGAGGGUUCGGCCGGCGGCUCAUAAGGCUGAUAAGGAGUUCAUAGCUAAGUACAACAAAGCUCUUGAGCUCAUGAAAGCUUUGCCGGACACUGAUCCACGAAGCUUCUCUCAACAAGCCGAUGUUCACUGUGCUUACUGUAACGGCGCUUAUGAUCAGAACGGGUUCCCCGGUGUUGAGCUUCAGAUUCAUAACUCUUGGCUCUUCUUCCCCUUUCACCGUUGGUACUUGUACUUUUAUGAGAAGAUUCUUGGGAAGCUUAUCAAUGACCCAACUUUCGCUAUUCCCUACUGGAACUGGGAUAACCCACCAGGAAUGCAGAUGCCGGUCAUGUUUACAAACCCUAACUCAGUUCUUUACGAUAAGUUCAGAAGUUCGAAAAACCAGCCACCGAAGCUCGUUGAUCUUGACUAUAAUAUAGACGAUAUCUUGACUCCGACGACUGUUCCGGACAAACAACAGAUCAGUACUAAUCUCAAUGUGAUGUACAGGUCGAUGGUGAGUAAUGCGACGAACACUGAGCUUUUCUUUGGUGGUGACUUUCGUGCCGGGGAACAGCCCGAGAACUCUCCCGGUUCGAUCGAGAACAUCCCACAUGGCCCGAUCCACCUUUGGAGUGGGGACGAGACACAGACGAAUUUCGAGAACAUGGGCAAUUUCUACUCGGCUGGACGAGACCCCUUGUUUUACUGUCACCACGCCAACGUUGACCGAAUGUGGAAUAUCUGGAAAACCCUACCAGGUAAGAGGAGGAAAGAUAUCACCGACCCGGACUGGCUCAACACCACGUUCUUGUUCUACGAUGAGAACGCCCAACUCGUCCGAGUCAACGUCAAGGACUCGCUCGAAAGCAAAAAGCUAGGCUACAUUUACCAAGAUGUGGAGCUCCCUUGGUUGAAGACAAAACCAAAGCCUCGUGGCAAGUUGAAGUCAAAGUUAAAGUCAAAGUCAAAGAAAGUGGCGGACGCGUUGUUCGGUGGCGGUAUUGGUUCCGCCAUGGCUGCUGAUGAGUCGUCGACGAAGCUGACGCCGUUGAGUUCUUUUCCGAUAACGUUGAACAAGUCGGUGACGGUGUCGGUGGCUAGGCCUAAGACUGGGAGGAGCACGAAGGAGAAGGAGGAACAGGACGAGGUUUUGGUGAUUUCGGAGAUAAAUUAUAACCGAAAUCAGCCUGUGAAGUUUGAUGUCUACGUGAACGAUGAGGAUCAGGACUCCACGAGCGGGCCUGACAAGUCAGAGUUCGCCGGCAGCUUUGUGAGCGUUCCCCACAAUACCAAGAGCACUGACAAGACCAACACUAGUUUGAAGCUUGGGAUAACUGAGUUGUUGGAGGAUGUUGGAGCUGAAGAUGAUGAUAAUGUUUUGAUUACCUUGGUCCCAAAAAGUAACGAGCUUGUCACUAUUGGUGGGAUUAGGAUUGAUCUCGUUACUUAAUGAGUACGAGAGAACGCAAAUAUGAUAUGGUGAAGGUAAGAUAGUCCGUUUCAAAACCUAAAUAAAGUUAUUUCGUAAUGUACUCGUCCUGGAGAAAAAAAUAAAAUAAAAUAAAGCAUAUACCAUAUAUAUAAUCUACGAAAACUAGUUUUCAUGGCUAUGUGUGUUUGGGAUUGCAUUAUUCCACUCAGUGAUGAUGAUGAGUUGUGGUGGAGAAUGGUGAUGGUAUUUUUUUUUCUUCUUUUAGUGGGGUUUAAUCUGUAAACCAUAAAUAAUAAUAAGCUUUAGGGAAAGAUUAUUAUGUUCUUUCCUUGGGUGGGCUUUGGGCACUUUUUAGGGUUUGUUGGACUCAUAUAUGCCUUUUGCCAACUUGAUAUUUCUCAUCAUUAUUAUAUAAUGUUUUGUUUAUUUAUAACA